AAGAAUAGAAAAGAAUUCAAAGGCUCGAGUUGAUUCAUAUCCUUGACCACAUAUAGAGGAUCGUCAACUCUCUAUAAGGCCCGGAGUCAAAGAUUCAAAGGCCUUUUGGUUACUUUGAACCCCCACUCACCUCAAGCGCUCAAACAAUGAUUCCAAAAGAUGAAAAAGUUUAUAAAAGAGCGAAUCUUUCUUUCAUUCUAACUCCCAUGCACAAAGUAUUCACGAAGAACAUUUGAUACACUUUAAUAAACUUUAACGUCUAAUGAUGAAAAUAUUUUGCAGGUCUCCUUGAAUAACUGAAGCAUAAGAAUUGUAAUCUAUUCACAUAAAAGAACAUUACAUAUUUUCAUUAAAUCAAGAGUUGUUUAUUGCGCUUAAACAAUCCCAAUUUUUAUGAAAAUAACAAACAAGAACACCAAGACAUAAACAAUCACUCUAUAACGAAUCUUAAGGAAAAUGUUCAACUUAUGUGGCUAAGAAAUUCAUUUACCUUAAAAUUUUACAAAACACAAGUCACAAGAAAAGAUUCACCCCCAUAUUCUAGACUAGAUAGAGAAAGUGUGAGGAGAGAGAAACGGCGAUAUACUGUUCAGAGAUAGGUAGCCUGAGCUUUCUGCAGAUUCGAAUGGGAGAGGAGAAGAAACCAGCGGAUGAAGUGAAACAGCCCUCCGAAAAGACAGAGCAUCCGCCCAGCGCCGCUGGCGGAGAUGAGAAGAAGGCGGCGGAAGAAUCCAAAGCGCCGCCGCGUCAAGAGGUUGUGUUGAGAGUCUUCAUGCAUUGCGAAGGCUGCGCUCGGAAAGUCCGCCGCUGUCUUAAAGAUUUGGAAGGGGUUGAAGAUGUGGUGACGGAUUGGAAGACCCAUAAGAUUGUGGUGAAAGGGGAAAAGGCAGAUCCACUGAAGGUGCUAGAAAGGUUGCAGAGGAAGAGCCACCGCCAAGUGGAGCUCAUAUCUUCCAUCCCCAAGCCGGCGGCGGCGGAGGAACCCCUGAAGCCGCCAGAGCCGGAGGAGAAAAAACCAGAGGUGUUUGCAGUAGUUCUGAAAGCUCACAUGCAUUGUGAGGCUUGUGCUGAAGCAAUCAAAAGGAAGAUUUUGAAAAUGAAAGGCGUGGAGAGUGUAGAACCGGACUUCAAGAGCUCGCAGGUGACUGUGAAUGGCGCGUUGGAUCCACAGACCUUAGCGGACUACGUUGCGAAGAAGACCGGGAAACGGGUAGUGGUGGUGAAGGCAGAGCCGAAGACGGAAGAGAAGAAGCCGGCGGUGGAGGAGGAGGAAUCGAAAGCCACCGAUGACAAGGGAGAGAAGAAGGAGAGUAACGCCGGUGGCGGCGCCGCCUGUACCGGAGCUAAACUAGAGGAGGAGGGUAAAGAAGACCCAAAGUUGGAGUUGAGAAAAUAUGAGGCCUACCACUAUUACCAAGUCAAUCAUCCACUUAUUCCCCAACAAGGGUUUGCUGCACAUCAAGAGGGGCAUGGCCAUGGCCAUGGCUAUGGCUAUGGGGGUUACCCACAAAUGUUCAGUGACGAGAACCCAAAUGCGUGUUCGGUUAUGUAAAUUAAUUCAGAUGAUGAUGGAAUCUAAGGGUAGAAUGGGAAGAAGGGUGGGAAUGUCACAUGGGUAGGAAAGGAUCUGUGGGUGCCAUUUCGUCCUUUGACUGGGGUUGUGUGCUUAGCAUGUGGCACUGUCUGGCCUCAUUUUGUAGUUUGUGUAAUGUCCGCAACCACAACUCUUGAAUUUUAUUUGAGUUUAUAAAAAUAAUCAUUCUACAAUUGC